AUAUGCGUAAGUACAUCUACAGUGUUGGUGAAACGGUUGCCCUGCGGUGCAAAAGUAGUUCCGUGAUCGUGACUAGACGAUGUCUGAGUGACGGCUCGUGGUCGUCUGGUGGAUACGUCUGUGGAGGUUGUCCCACUGGGUGGUCGGCGUUUAACCGGUCCUGUUACAAGUACUUCCCCUCUCACAAGACGUACCGUGAGGCUGAAGGGCACUGCGCCGCGCCUGGUGGGACGGUGGCCACCAUGGCCAGUAGAGAAGAGAUGGACUUUGUAGCCAGUCUAGGACAUAAAACGUGGAAGAUGUGGGUUGGUGCGACUGACCGAGCUGUAGAGGGAGAGUUUCUGGGAGCCGAUAACUUGCCUUUAACAUGGGACAAUUGGAACGAAGGCGAACCCAAUAACCAAGGCAACGAGGACUGCGUGGUAGCGAAUGGAGAAGACAAGAACGUGAGCUGGAUCGACGUGCCGUGUUCAGGGACAUACAGCUACGUCUGCGAGCUUUCUUCUACAUGUGAUAACACGGCUGUUAAUGUCGGUCAAACCAGACGUUAUAUUCGCUAUAGUAAGAGUUGA